UGUUUCACUAGAUGUUGCAUCAUGGAGGGUGAUGAAAUCGGUGUCAGUGGAUUUUACCCAUGGAUGCAACAAGCUGAAGGACCAGCCAGAGUCACUGACACUGUACACCUUCAACUACCCAGAACUCCUGGGCUUCCUAGCCAUGGGGUCCAAAGCUGGGACUGCCCCAACCCCAGUGGAGGGUCCCGGAACAAUUUGGAUGACAUCAGAAUGAGGCUAUGGGGCUAGGUGCUGGAAUGUCUAAGUUGGACUUCCAGCCCUUAUUUACACUAGUAUCCUGAAAAAAACAUCACCCAACUUUUAUAGAGCCUAUGAAAUCUCGGGCCUCUAGGUUUGAAGAAUCAGAUGGUUCUUAGUCAGUAACCCUCUUCCCACAGUGCCUUUCUAACCUCUACUGUGAGGCCUGCUUCCCAGUUCUCCAAGUUCCUUCAUGUCCAUUCUCUCCUAUGAAACAGGACCAUCCGGUGGAAAUAAUGCUAUUUCCAACUGAAAAAAAGAAGGCCAUUUAUUCUUAAUAGAGGGCAUCAGGUGGUAAUCAAACUUCAUUGCAAACAGCUCACUAGCCUAUUGGGGGAUGAAUGAAUGCUUCUCUGUUUUGGUUUUUCCUCAAGCAGGAGGAGGUGAUGAAAUUAGGUUUGGGGUGUGUUAGGGGUAUAGCUUUGAGAGGCAAAAAGAUCAGGGAAAGAUCAAGCAGGAAGGAACUUACACCAGAUUAAUUUAAAUAUCUGUUACUCUUCCUUCCCCCUCUCGCCCUAUCCCCGAUGUGCCGUCCCCGCCCCUUCUACAGCCAUUUCGAUUCCUGGAGAGCAUUACACAUGUGUCCCAUCCCAGGCCUCUAGCCACAGCAACCACACGACUCAUUUCUCCUGGAACUGAGGCUGCAUACCUGGGCUCCCCACAGAGGGGGAAUCCCACCUGCUGUGAGUCACCUGCUGGCAUAAAGGGCGGGCCUUACAAUGCAGGGACCUUAAAAGACUCAGAGACAAAGGGAGAAAAACAACAGGAAGCAGCUCACAGACUCCGUAGACAACAGAGGGAACCUUACCAGAGACGCACUGAACAGAGAGAAUCAGGCUCAAAGCAAGUGGAAGUAGGCAGAGAUUCCACAAGGACUGGUACAAGGCACAGAGCCAGCUAGAUUUGAGAAGGAGGCAAAAAGAUGCUGGGGAGCAGAGCUGUAAUGCUGCUGUUGCUGCUGCCCUGGACAGCUCAGGGCAGGGCUGUGCCUGGGGGCAGCAGCCCUGCCUGGACUCAGUGCCAGCAGCUCUCACAGAAGCUCUGCAUGCUGGCCUGGAGUGCACAUCCACUAGUGGGACACAUGGUGAGUGGCAGCCUGUGGAACCAAACAGGAAUCUCUCCAAGCUCUCCAAGGCUGUGGUGGAAGACUGUGGCCUCGGGUGGAAGCUGGAGGAUUGAGGGCCAUCAGGGAGUAAGGGAGAACAAGAGAGUAAGGUUCCUGAGAGUCAUGGGCCUGAGGGUCCAGGUUGGCUUCAAAAAUACUUAUCUUACUUCUUCAUUCUUUCCACCCCUUCCUCCAUUCCAGCAUCUAAGAGAAGAGGGAGAUGAAGAGACUACAAAUGAUGUUCCCCAUAUCCAGUGUGGAGAUGGCUGUGAUCCCCAAGGACUCAGGGACAACAGUCAGUUCUGCUUGCAAAGGAUCCACCAGGGUCUGAUUUUUUAUGAGAAGCUGCUAGGAUCGGAUAUUUUCACAGGGGAGCCUUCUCUGCUCCCUGAUAGCCCUGUGGGCCAGCUUCAUGCCUCCCUACUGGGCCUCAGCCAACUCCUGCAGCCUGAGGGUCACCAUUGGGAGACUCAGCAGAUUCCAAGCCCCGGUCCCAGCCAGCCAUGGCAGCGCCUCCUUCUCCGCUUCAAAAUCCUUCGCAGCCUCCAGGCCUUUGUGGCUGUAGCUGCCCGGGUCUUUGCCCAUGGAGCGGCAACCCUGAGUCCCUAAAGCCAACAGCUCGAGGAUGACACUCAGAUCUCCAUGGCCCAGUAAGGCCAAGAUAAAUCUACCAGCCGGUACCUGUGAGCCAACAGGUUAAUUAGUCCAUUAAUUUUAAUGGGACCUGUGGAUGUUGAAAAUUAGCAAUACUGACUGACUUGUGAUGCUGACCUAUGAUAAGGUUGAGUAUUUAUUAGAUGGGAAGGGAAAUUUGGGGAUUAUUUAUCCUCCUGGGGGCAGUUUGGGGAGGAUUAUUUAUUAUAUUUAUAUUAAAUAAUGUACCUUUUUCAAUAAAGACUUAUUUUUGUGGCUA